GGCUUUUCUGAAAGGAUGGCUUCCUCCGCUCCCUCGUCCUCCAACGAUGCCCCGGACCCCACCCCACCUAAUCUGCGACCUACAACUUACGACUCGUGGUGCGGCGUGGCUCACGGGUGCACCAGGAAGAUCGGGCUGAAGAUAUGCGGGUUCCUGCAAAGGACCAACAGCCUGGAAGACAAGGGCCGGAUCGCCAGCUCUCUGAAGGAAAGGCAGUCAUCCAAGAGCCUGCUGGCAUGCGAGAACAGUGAGAAGGAGUCCAGGUUCCGGCGCACCGAGACAGACUUUUCCAAUCUGUAUGCCAGAGAUUUGUUGCCCUCCAAGAAUGGUGAGGAGCAGACCAUGCAGUUUCUGCUGGAAGUUGUGGACAUCCUCCUCAACUACGUGAGGAAGACUUUUGACAGAUCCACCAAAGUGCUGGACUUCCACCACCCACACCAGCUCCUGGAGGGCAUGGAAGGCUUCAACCUGGAGCUUUCAGACAACCCUGAGUCACUGGAGCAGAUUCUGGUGGAUUGUCGGGACACACUGAAAUACGGAGUGAGGACAGGUCACCCUCGCUUUUUCAAUCAGCUGUCCACAGGACUGGACAUUAUUGGCUUGGCAGGGGAAUGGCUGACAUCUACUGCUAACACAAACAUGUUUACCUAUGAAAUUGCUCCUGUCUUUGUCCUCAUGGAACAAAUAACACUUCGAAAGAUGAGGGAGAUUAUUGGAUGGUCAAACAAAGAUGGUGAUGGAAUAUUCUCACCUGGAGGAGCGAUCUCCAACAUGUACAGCAUAAUGGCUGCACGCUACAAGUAUUUCCCUGAAGUUAAAACCAAAGGCAUGGCUGCAGUCCCUAAACUGGUUCUCUUUACCUCAGAGCAUAGUCACUACUCAAUAAAGAAAGCUGGAGCUGCACUUGGAUUUGGAACAGACAAUGUUAUUUUGAUAAAAUGCAAUGAAAGAGGCAAAAUAAUACCAGCUGAUUUGGAGGCAAAAAUUCUGGAAGCAAAAGAAAAGGGAUAUGUUCCUCUUUUUGUAAAUGCAACUGCAGGCACAACAGUAUAUGGAGCCUUUGAUCCAAUACAGGAGAUUGCAGAUAUAUGUGAAAAAUACAACCUCUGGCUCCAUGUUGAUGCUGCCUGGGGGGGUGGACUCUUAAUGUCCCGAAAGCACCGUCAUAAAUUGAAUGGAAUAGAAAGAGCCAACUCAGUCACUUGGAAUCCACACAAGAUGAUGGGAGUGUUGUUACAAUGUUCUGCCAUUCUUGUCCGUGAGAAGGGUAUCCUUCAAGGCUGCAAUCAAAUGUGUGCAGGCUAUCUCUUCCAGCCAGACAAACAGUAUGAUGUCUCCUAUGACACUGGAGAUAAGGCAAUACAGUGUGGUCGACAUGUAGACAUUUUCAAAUUUUGGUUGAUGUGGAAAGCAAAGGGUACAGUAGGAUUUGAAAAUCAGAUCAAUAAAUGCCUGGAGCUGGCAGAAUAUCUCUACACUAAAAUCAAAAACAGAGAAGAAUUUGAGAUGGUUUUUGAAGGGCAGCCAGAGCAUACAAAUGUAUGCUUUUGGUAUAUUCCUCCAAGUCUCAGGGGCAUGCCAGACUCUGAUGAGAGAAGAGAAAAGUUACACAGGGUGGCACCAAAAAUCAAGGCAUUGAUGAUGGAGUCAGGUACCACCAUGGUUGGAUAUCAGCCUCAGGGCGAUAAAGUCAACUUCUUCCGAAUGGUCAUCUCAAACCCUGCAGCAACUAAGUCUGACAUUGACUUCCUCAUUGAGGAGAUUGAGAGGCUGGGGCAGGAGCUGUAG